GUACUCUGUUGUUGUCAUGGAUGUGGGGCACAUCGGAGAGGAGAAUGGCCGAGUGACAAGUUCUAGAAAAAGAGCUUUAAGUUGCGUGGAAGGAGCGAGUAGGAAUGGAUCUACGGCUAGUUUUCCCGAGAUCGUCUUAACUGAUAAUAAGAUCCUAUUCUAUAUAAAGACAGGAGGAGAUAAACAGAUAGGGGUUUUAUUUAUCAACAAUGUUGUAAAGUUUGUUGGCUAUUUUACUACCAACCUGAAUCCUUCAAUUGGAUUAGCUAUUAAUGUUCCACCCAAAAGUACUGGCAACUUUGCAUAUUUGGAAUAUAUUGAUUUGGUAGCUCUUCCGGAAUUGUUGAGAAGGUUAAUGAAAAUAGACUAUCUGCUCGAAUUAUUGGAAUUUAAGUCCAUAGAUGACUUGCAAUCAGGUCAGAAACUCGAGAAGCAGCCUAAUGGUGUAUCAAUAUAUAUUUUAAACUGUCAAGCCGAUUUGUUUGAAAUGUGUAUUGAGUGCUAUUUAUUUGAACUUUGCGAAGAAUUAACACUAGUUUCUACAAAUUUGUUCACUUACUUUAUUGGGGAGUGUAAGGAAAUGCACUGUACUUAUCGUGAACAUUGCGGAUUCAAAGCAGUUGGGCCAAAUGUUUUUUGCGGCGAACUUCCUCUAGUUCUCACAAAGGACUUGCCUGUCACAUACGGCUCUUUGAAACUCACAGACCGGCGCUAUAAGGGAUUGACAUCAGGAGGUGAGCCGAACGGAAUGGGUCACGUGUCCUACAAUAAUGAGAACCAGUUCGUGGGUUGCUCUUGUAGGGGACUCAUGAGCUAUGGCUGUUUUUUCCACGAUUUGAAGCAUUAUAUCGUAUCGGUGUGGGAGAGGCGAGAUCGUGUCGGGUAUACCAUUGAGCAAUAUGGAGAUGGUGUCGUGUACUUUGGCCAGAUCAGUCAGGGAAAGAAGAACGGACUGGGCGUGAUCAUGAUGGCGAAUGGCUCGAUGAUUAUGGGAAGCUGGGAAGAUAAUAAAGUGCAUGGCAUGAUUUUGUCGUUUUCACACGUUGCGACGGUGUUUUCGGGGAAUGUAUCGAACGAGAGCUUUAACGGCUAUGGAGAAAUGUUCUAUAAGAAUCGAUCUUGCUAUUAUGGAGACUGGGACUGUGGACAGUAUCAUGGAUUAGGAAAGCUUGUGGAUCAGGAUAAACCGCAGGGAGACAAUAAAGUUCGCCUCUGGAAUCAUGGAAUGAUCAUGAAGAGUCAUCGAUCCUAUGCUAAGAAUAGCGAGGAAUCUUCGAAUUCGCAGAGAAUGAUGGACAGAUCAAGAAAUCCAUAUGAUCAGCAGCAAACUCUAUAG